AAACUGGAGGAGCUGAAGAAGAAGGAGAAGAACCUGCCUUGGAACGUGGACACGCUCAGCAAGGAUGGCUUCAGCAAGAGUGUCUUCAAUGUCAAACCAGAGGAGAAGGAGGAAACGGAGGAGCAGAAGGAGAAGAAACACAAAACCUUUGUGGAGAGACAUGAGAAGCAGAUCAAACACUUUGGAGAGUGGAUGCUGCGGCGUUGGGACGACAGCCAGAAGUACCUCUCGGAUAACCCGCACUUGGUGUGUGAGGAGACAGCCAACUACCUGGUGAUCUGGUGCAUCGACCUGGAGGUGGAGGAGAAACAUGCCCUGAUGGAGCAGGUCGCCCACCAGACCAUCGUCAUGCAGUUCAUCCUCGAGCUGGCCAAGAGCCUCAAGGUGGACCCCAGGGCUUGUUUCAGGCAGUUCUUCACCAAAAUCAAGACAGCUGACCAGCAGUACAUGGAGGGCUUCAAUGAUGAGCUGGAGGCCUUCAAGGAGCGGGUGCGUGGCCGGGCCAAGGUUCGCAUCGAGAAGGCCAUGAAGGAGUAUGAAGAGGAGGAGAGGCAGAAGCGCCUGGGUCCUGGUGGGCUUGACCCCGUGGAGGUCUAUGAGUCCCUCCCACCCGAGCUGCAGAAAUGCUUCGAUGUCAAAGAUGUCCAGAUGUUACAAGAUGCCAUCAGCAAAAUGGAUCCAACUGAAGCCAAGCACCACAUGCAGCGCUGCAUCGACUCAGGGCUCUGGGUCCCCAAUGCCAAGAGUGGGGAAGGAGCCGGGAAAAGUGAAGGCAACGGCUCGGAAGAGAAGGUGAAGAAGGAAAACGGGGGCGAGGAGGAAGGAAACGCAUGA